AUGAAGCUGAAAAUAAUAAGUAUCCGAUACUUUAUGUUAUAUUCCCUCCCCUUGCUCAUAUUCAUCUUUUCAUCAUCGGUAAAUGCAAGUUUGCGCUUCGCUUCGCUGGGAAAUUGGGGAACGGGAAGUAAAACCCAGAAAUUGGUGGCUGAAAAACUAAAAGAGUACGUAAAAAACGAACGGGUUACGUACCUGCUGUCACCAGGGUUCAACUUCGAUAACGGCGUGAACGGACUAAAUGACGAAAAGUGGAAAAAAUUCUUUGAAUCGGUUUAUAAUGAUGAUUCUGGGCUUAUGGACUUGCCAAUGUUUACGGUUCUGGGUUCAGAAGACUGGUUAGGGGACUAUAACGCCCAGUAUGAGCGAUAUCACCAGUUUUACCUAAACGGUCAUUUGCCAAAGGAUCUUUCAAGUGUAGAUUACAAAAGUGACUCAAAUAACUCGAGUCAUAACCCCAGGCUCAUAAUGCCAAACUGGUGGUAUCAUUUUUUCACUACCUUUUCAACAAACGCUUCUGUGUCACUGUUGAAGAGUGGUCAUAAAGACCUGAGUGUAGCAUUUGUGUUUGUGGAUACUUGGGUGUUGUCUAAUCAGUUUCCUUAUAAGGAUGUGUCAAACGAGGCAUGGAACGAGCUCAAAAAGACGCUUGAAAUUGCACCAAAAGUGGUUGAUUACAUUGUAGUCGUGGGAGAUAAGCCAGUUCUCUCAUCUGGAAAAUCAAAGGGAGACACUUUCCUCUCCUAUAAACUUUUACCUCUUUUGAAGCAGGCUCAGGUUGAUGCUUAUGUGGCUGGGUAUGACCAGGAUAUGGAAUUGUUGGACUACGAAGGAACAGCACUGGUAGUUUGCGGAUCAAGUGGAAACAAGGGAAGAAAAUCAGUUAUAAAAUCACCUCACUCGAAGUUCUACACAGAAGCGCCGGGAUUUUGCCUACACGAGCUUAACGCGGAGGGAUUUACAACUAAAUUUGUAAAUGGAAACACAGGGGAAGUGUUGUACACACACGUUCAGCCUAAAAAGAAUAGGAAACAAAGACAACAUGGAAGCGAGCUUAAAUUAAUCAAUAAACUACCGGAAGUAACGUUUCACCCACUGGGAGACUUGGAAGGAGUGUCAUACUCUGAUGCAUUCACUAAAAUUGUCGGUACAAUUGGGCUUAUUAUUUUAGGCCUUCACUUGUUGCUAACAGCCGGAACCACAAUGUCAAAGGCCUGA